AUGAGACUGAUCCGAGAGUUCUCCAGCAGCUCCAGAAGUUGCAAGGCUGCUUGUUCACUGGUAAAACCAGUUCAUCAUCUGGUCAAGAUCGAUAAAUUGCGACUCUCGCCGCGUUUCAAAGAGCUGAAAUAUGCCAAAAACGAUAUUCGGUCGCCAGCGUUCAAACCUGUGGCCACGCACCAGGACCGUGUUAAUGGCCAUUACCACGCUACAAUUCAGCCAGACCUUCUGCUUAUUAACUACUCGCAUAACGCUCAGACCAAAGUGGGAGUCAAAAACAGAGAAUGGGAUUACUCCAGUCCUUACCAUUUGAAUCGUCAGCCCCGGAAGCCAAAGGGCUCGGCCGCCCAAUUGCCGAACAUGCAGCCAAUCAAGUGGCAUAACGUUCCAGCAAUCGAAUCCGUCGUAUUGAAUUGCUAUGUCCGUGAAUCCAAGGAAAAUCAGGUGCUACCCGUCAGCGCUGCUCUGCAACUGCAGCAACUAACUGGAUGCAAGCCCCAACCCGUUUACGCAAGAACCGAUGUGCCCUCUUGGAAAGUGAGAAGAGGAACACAUAUGGGUGCCAAAGUGGAGCUCAGAGGCCGUCCCAUGACCCAAUUUCUAAGUACGUUGACUGAGAUCGUUUUACCGAGAAUCAGAGAGUACAAAGGUAUCAGCAACAAGUCUGGAAACCGUUUUGGUUGUCUUUCUUUCGGUUUGACCUCAGAAGACGUCAAGUUCUUCCCUGAAAUCGAGUCAAAUCAGGAUCUGUGGCCCAAGACAUUUGGUUUGCAUAUCAACAUAAAUUCGACCGCGCAAGACGAUGUUCAAGCUAGAACCUUGGUGAGCGGAUUCGGAUUUCCAUUCCACGGGCCAGAAAAGAUAAAAAAGUAG